AUGGGGGCAGUGGCUGGUGGCCCCACGGUGGCCUGGCAGUGGCAGGGCCUGGAGAGCAGCAGCUGCUCCCCCACGCCGGUGGGCGCCCGUCCCUGCAGCAGGGGACAAUGCCCUCGGGAGCUGCUUGUCUCUCGCCACCUUGGUUGGCCCCCAAAGGCCUGGCGCUCUGAGCUCGGUGGCUCCGGCCAAGUCCGGGCUGUGUGGCCCUGGGCGCCGCUUUCUCGCCCUUGGGCCUCGGCAGACGCUUCCCCGAAGUCCAGCUGCUGGAUCCCGCCCGGCCCUCCUGGGCAGGUGGGCGACUCACUCCCACCGUCCGAUGCCCACGGCGUCUUUCUCCAGAAGCCCAGGAACUUUUUGGCAUCGACAUUUCCAGCUUUCGCCUCCGGCCCGUGUGUAGUUCGGAAACUUCUCUUCUGCUGUGUUGCCGGCAGGUACGGACAGAUAAUUUGCAUUUCCUUGUUUUUACCACUGGCUUUUAAAAAACUCCCUCAAACGUCACACGGGCCCCGCCCUCCCCACGCUGCGCUAGGACUCGCGUUCUGGGCGGUGGCAUUUCCGUCUGUCCUCACUGCUGUUCCCUCGGUGCCCGGACGCACGGUGGACGCCGGAGAAACAGGUGCACAGAGACGAGGACACACGCGUGAGCCGGUGCGGAUCCCACGGAACUGUGUGUGGAGCCUGCUCCUGCUUCCCGAGGCUCAAGCCCCCUCUGACGUGAAACUUCUGCCUGUUGUCUCCAUCCGUUCUCCUUUCCGCGGUUUCUUGCGUUGCCACAGAACCGAUGUCCCUUCCCCAACCCUGCCAGCACUGCUGUCUCUAGAAUCUUCUUGGAGCUAAACUGGAGUGUCCACCUGGUCCCUCCUUCAGCUCUGCCUUUCCUGCUGCCCUGUGUCCACGGCAAGGUGGACCCGUGGAUGCAGC